GCUGAAUAUACAAUUUAGGCUGGAUAUAUACUGCUUAGAGCAAAGGUUGCGAAGAAACCGCAUAAGGUCGAUAAAAGAAAUUCGGUCGUAUCUGAACAUAUCAGCAUCUCAGUCUUAAUCUAUAAGCUUACAAACACAGAGUAUAGUUACAAUUAAGAAGCACGACUUGAUUGUUCACAUUGAUGGCCACUUUAGAGUCGUCACUACCAUAGAUCACGCUGAAGAAGUUCAUCGUGUGAUUUCUACAACAAUACGAAAUUUACAACUAUUUCAAUAGUGUCAAGCACUGCGUUAACCUGAAAAUCCGCAAUUCACCUUGUCUUCAACCUUGUAUCCAUAUAUUGAAGUGAAAGCUUCAAUAAUUCAAUUAGACCCGCCAAAGUACAGAUAAACACUAUAACAAUAUAAAUCGGUCUACCCUUUAUUUCCUAUUCUGAUAAUCUCACUCAAACAUCACUUUCAUAUGGAUCCUGCUUUUCUUGAAACGACUGUCAUGAACUUGGACGUAGACUCAGCCUCCAAUGUAGACAUGCAAUGGCUCCGCAACAUGUUGGACAGAGCCCUAACAGCUAGCGGGUUGCUUCCACAGAGAAAGCUGGCAUCUGAAGAGGCUAUAGACAGUUUGAUAAGUGUAGAUUUGGAGACAUUGGACGAAAAGGACUGUCCCAUCUGCUAUGAUGCGUAUUCUGAUCCACACAAAAAUGAGUCAGACAGAGGCAAAACUCGCCGCUCCGGUAAGUUGUGCAAGGACAAAGAAUCCAUUGCCCAGAUCGUGGAGCAAGACCUAGAGCUUUGUGAUUUGCUUGGAAAUCAGGACAUAAAGCAGGAAACAAUUCAGAAGAAACAGCAGUUCACCGAUCCAUCGUUAUUCAUGCCUGUAGAUGAAACUUCGCUGAAUUAUAUCCGUUUUCCUACAAGAAACCUUGUAACUUUUGAGGAGGCUAAUGCAGACGAUUACUUUCCUGGCUAUGUAGACGAAGCCAAGGCAGAUGGAGAAAAGAAACGAAGACUUGACGAAGCUAAGGCAGAGGGCCAUGUACCUGUCAAAAUGCCAAGCUGCGAUCACGUUUUUGGCAAGCCGUGCAUUGUGGAAUGGUUGAAAUCGAAUGUGAGUUGUCCCUUAUGUCGUAAAGAAGUCAAAUCAGCACAGGAGGAAAACUCCAUUUCUGCGAGAAGAGUCGCUGAGGUUGCAGAUAAUAUUCUGUCUAACUUUAACGAUCGCCAAGGUGCUAUUAGCCAGAUUGUGGACCAUAGCACUGAUGUGUUCAACCCAUACAGAAGACCGUUCAGUUCCGCAAUUACACCACUUACAGACUCGUACAUGCCACAGAACUGGGCUGUUGCAUACGGAGAUUCCUCUCCAAGAGGCUAUUCACCUACUAGAACUAGGGACCCUUCCUUGAUCCUACCUAGACGCUUUCCUUUUCCAGAAGCUGCUCAAGGACGAGCUCCAUCUACGGUAGUAAGACCAGAAACAAAUACAACUACAACCACAACUAAUGUAAACAAUAAUGGUAAUGAUGGAAAUAAUGGUAAUAAUGGUAACGGCGAUCCUAUAGUUACUUCUAAUGGCACUCCUUUGAAUGGUACUACUACCACUACAAUAAAUGCUGAUGGUUCUACCACAACAACAACUACCUACCGUUCUACCUUUAAUCCCUAUAGUCUUUCACCCAAUGACAAUGGAGGAACUGGAGGUCCAGAACGAGCCCGUAGAACUGGAGGUCAGUCAGGACGUAUUCAUCCAUACACGAGACCCAAUAACGAGCAAUCAUAGUAAAUAGAUAAAGUAUAUCAAAUAGAUGUUAGUGAAGUUUCAACUGUAGUAUCAUCAAUUGAAUAUGGUGUUCCG